CGACUUCUACUUCCUUAGAAGCUCUUAAGCUAUUACUCGAGUUCUUGCACCCUUUUUUAUCAAAUAAUAUUUAUAUUUGCUUUUUACCAUUUUUCUAUAAAAUUUGUAGUUUGAGAUAUUUGCAAAACAUCGCUAAACGAAACAUGCAUUUUGGGGCUAACCACCACUUUUAGGCGUCAAUAUUUUAAAAAGUAUUCACUAUAAAAAGAAUUAUUAUAUAACACCUUUUGCUUUGUAUUUGUGUUUCUUUUGGAUGGUGAGGUUAUUUUUCAUACACAUAUUUCCAACCUUUAUAAGGUAUGGCAUUAACCCCUAGGAUAAAAGCAUAAAUCGGCACUAUAAUAUAUUAUCUCUUGUUUCUUCGGGUAUUCCCUAGCUACAGCACAAAUUUCAUGCCAAUCCAUCCAAUCCGAAAAAAAUUGGUAGCCAAAAUGCUGACAUGACUGAACCAAUUAUUGGGAAUGGGAUUUGGGAAGUAGUUCGGUUUGUCAAUUUUGUUAUUUGUUUGUCAGUUAGUCCAGUCCCGGUUAGUCGUUCAUUGUACUAUGAAUUGGGUGGUGAUAGACUAUUUAAACUGUAGUGAAAGUUUACACAUUUAUAAAUAAAUUAUGUUCUAUCGUGUUUUAAAUAAGUUGUAAAUUAAUUAAACAUUUCAUUCGAAACUCUCCGAGGUAUAUUUCUGGAUUUAAAAUGCCAGUUGAUAUUAAUAGGCUUACAGAAGGUUGGUUAGAAUUGGAGAGUGACCCUGGACUGUUUACUCUUUUAUUAGAGGAUUUUGGUGUUAAAGGAGUGCAAGUGGAAGAAAUAUAUGAUUUACAAAAGUCAUUGGACAGUCCAGUGUAUGGGUUUAUUUUUCUAUUUCGUUGGAUAGAAGAAAGAAGAUCAAGAAGAAAAGUUGUUGAUCAAAGUGACAUUUUUGUGAAAGAUGAUGAGAUUGUGAAUAGUAUCUUCUUUGCUCAACAAAUGGUUCCUAACAGUUGUGCAACACAUUCCUUGCUUUCAGUAUUAUUGAAUUGCCCCAAUAUACAUCUUGGAAGCACUCUCAGCCGCCUAAAAGCCCAUACAUAUGGCAUGUGUCCAGAGAAUAAAGGUUGGGCAAUUGGUAACACACCAGAACUAGCUAGAGCUCACAAUUCACAUGCAAUGCCUCAGGCUAAAAGAAGGUUGGAUAAAAGUACAGGAAUAAGCACAGGAAGAUACACUGGUGAAGCCUACCAUUUUGUUAGCUAUGUUCCUAUCAAUGGACGUCUCUUUGAGUUGGAUGGUCUCAAACCAUUUCCAAUGGAUCAUGGACCCUGGGGUGAAAAUGAAGAUUGGACAGAUAAAUUUCAUUGUGUAAUAGCUGAUCGAUUAGGUAUUGCUGCUGGAGAUAUUCGUUUCAAUCUAAUGGCAGUAGUCCCAGACAAGCGGCUUGCUAUCACUCACAAAUUGAAUAUGCUAAAAACCAAUCGACAGAUUGUGUUGGAAGCUUUACAGCAGCUAGUAAAGCUUAACCACCCGGAUCUUGCUGUAAAAUCAGACAAAGAAUCAAAAGUCAAACCAGAAGAUUUGAAGGUGUCUCCAGGAAGUAAACGCAGAGAAAUAACGAAACCAAUGGAAAACGGUUUGGAUAGUCUGGCAUCCAUUGAAGAUGUGUUAGAUUUGGCCACACCUAACAAAAUUCCAAGAAAGCUCCAAUUAACAAAAAAAGGUACCACUAGUGAUGAUAAAGAAACUAAUUGUGAAAAAUCUAAUGAUACAGAUAAUACUUCAAAACAUUUUCCAGUUGAUAGCUGUGACAGUUUAGAAAGGCAUAACCUGUCAAAAAUAUCUCUCAUUGUUACAUCUGAUGAGAAUGAACAAAUAAAACCGGAAGCAACAGAUCAUUUAAAAAAUGGAGAGAAAAUGCCUGACUACUCAACUCCUUUAACAAUACAAACAUCUCCUGCUCCCAGUACUUCAAGUACUGAUACUUCAUCUGAAGUGGGUUCAGCUUUUAACUCACCAACUCAGGCAUGGGGCUGGAACUCAGGACAGAGUAGUCCAAAUAAUGCGAAGGACUUUAAAAAGUUUGUGGUAAUCAGAGUAGCAAUGGCCGGAAGUGAAGAUAAGAUGGAUUCUCCAACUGGUAGACCUAAGCGUGAUUCCCUUGGGGUGCGUAAAGUUUGUCUUGAGGCUGGUGCUUUACCUAAGGGGUGGGAAAAACCAUCAAGUAUGAAACUCACAAACAUGAAAAUUAGUCCUUUAGCACUUGGGAGUAAAAUGAAGUCAGAUGAAAGUGGCAAAAAAAUUGAAACUCCACAUCAUACAUUUGCUCCUAAAGAUCUCUUGGCAUUACUAAAAAAUCUUGAAGGGGAAAUAAGCCUGUGCGAAGGAAAUUUAAGAGAUGAAAAUGAAAAACGUAAGAAAUAUAAGAUUGAUGAUUGUAGGAGAACACAUAAUUAUGAUGAGUUUAUUUGUACAUUUUUAUCAAUGCUAGCCCAACAGGGGAAAUUAGCAGAUUUAGUACAGCAACAUGUUAUGUAUCAAAAGAAACCUGGUAUCCAACCUCCUCGACCCACAGUAGUUAGAGCUGCUCAAAAGAAACCUGAUCCUAAAAACCAUUCAACUAAACGUAGGAAAGGAGGAGCAAAACACAGAAAAAGAAAAUAAAUUUAAAAAUUGCUUGAGAUAUUUUAUACAUAAUAUAUUCUUUUAAUUUCACUUAUUUCUUGUUAACUUUCAAAUGUAAAAAUAAUGUACAUAUGUAUAUUUAUUAUAAUUUAAUUGUAUUAUAUGUAUAUUUAAUUGUAAUUUUAUUUUUAGCAACACUUUUAUACUUAAGUUAAGGUAUGAUUGUUUUAUAUGUUUCAUUACUAUCAAUAUAUAAUUUAUACAUGUAUUAAUCAGUUAUUUCAGUGUUUUUUUAUAAACGUUCAGAAUCAUCAAUAUUGUUUAAUCAUAUUAGACCUUGUACAAGACAUGUUCAUUAUUUGUUUAUAUUUUUUGACAAUCUGGUUACACUAACUUAUAACAUUAAGGAAAAACUUAGAUGCUCUAUCCUUUAAUAUUUAAUUUACAGCAAUAUUUAAUAUUUUUAAUCGAAAGUUUAUGCAUACAAUUACCAUAAUCUCAUUAUUUUCAAUCAUGGUUUAUCACAUAAAUGUUAAAAUCGUUUUUGUACUGUGCGUAAUAUGAGUUUAUUGAGUGAAUUUAUAUUAACUAAAUAAAAAUACUGUGGUUGCUAUAAUAGUAACGCACAAGCUUGUCAUUAAGUGUACAUAUCCAAGCACCUAGGACACAUUAAAACAUGAUUUUGAAUUAUUACUAAUACUGAUAGUAAUGUUAAAUGUAAAAGUUGAUCAUGAAAUCUGCCGCUCCUUUUUAAUGUUUUAAUGGUUGAAGAUAGAUCAAAUAAAACUUCAAGUAUGUUUAUAGGUCAAUAGUCUCUACUUUUAUUUACUAACGCUUGUUUUGUAGCGCACUGAAAGCCCUAGCCCUUUGCUUUCAAAUUGUAAUAACUUUAUUAAGGUAUAUAAAACCAAACUCAAAACAAAAUAACCAUUUAAAUAUUUCGAAGUUCAAUUUCAACUCUUUAAAUAAGUUAAAUGUUGCUGAGAAAUGCUCAGCUUUGUAACCACUUUCAUUGUAAAAUUGCAGAAUACACUUAAAGCCAUAAAAAGCAAGUUUUUAUGCCAUCAGAUAUCAGAAAUUGAGCCAUAAGAGAUCAAUUCCCUUAGUAACUAGUUGAAUAUUAAAAAGUAUUGAGAACAUUUCUCCAUCUAAUCUUAAAAUUAUUCCACUCAUUCAAAAAGUAAAAUAUAGCUACUAUUAAAGCUAUUGAAAUAUUGUUGAAAAGGUUUUUCAUCAUUAAUUCAGUUUUUGACUUGUGACACUUUAAAAUGUUGAAUUUUUGUGUCAUCGACAUAGCUAUUUAUUAUUUGUCACUGCAUUAAGUUGUAUGUGUUAAGAGAUGGCUGUAUUGACAGCAAUCUAUUUCGCUUCCACAAAAACAUGUUCAAAUUUUCACACUUAUAUUAUCUUAUAUUUAGUUUUAGAAUUAUGUAAUGUCUCUUUUUAAUUAUAUAAUUUGCGUGCAUCCAAAUCUUUUUUAGUUUAUUGAUUUUUUUUGUUGGUUUUUGAGAAAAAAUUGUAAAUAUUUUUGUAUUUUACCUUGUAAUGAAAUUUUUUAGAAUUGCAACAAAUAAUUAUUCUAUUUAUUAAACAAAGAAAUUACCAGUAUAUGAUGUGACAAAGUUUGUGGUUUUCCUGUAGCACUAUACUUUAAAAAAUGAAUGUCUAUUAAAUUUAAAGUAUUCCAAGACUCAAUAUUUCUAUUAAUCCUUUGAGUGCCAAGAGCCGAAGUGAUCAGCCUGGAGGUAUUUCCGAAAAAUGCUGACGCCUACUAGAUCAGCUUUUAGAAUAUUUAUUUUGUUACUAAAUGUUGAGAUAUGGCAUUGUACUGUCAUUUUAUACAUAAUAAGUUAAAUAAACUUAUACUAUCUACCUUGAUUUGAAUUUUUACAAAUGGUAAAAGCUAUUAUUACUAUUUGUACAAAUGCAGAUUUUCAAUAUUUUGUGCAAAUGCAUAAGAAAAGUUAUACUUAAUAUUACAGAUUCCUUUUUAUAAUUGGUAUGUUAUACUUGUUCUUACUUACAUAGGGAACGAUGAAAAAGUUUUAUUCAAAUGUAUUAAGAUCAAAAAAAUUAAAAUCUUUCUUAAUAAAAUGUAAAAUAAUUUUAUGUUUUAAAAAAUUUUAGUUUAAAAAAUAAACAGAUUUUAUCAUCCAAAUAAAUAUUAUGUUAUAUCCUACUUUUUUCCCAACAGAAUGAAACAAAAAUCAUCCCAUAAUUUUUAUUUUUGAAAAGUUGUGUAACAUUACACAAAUAUCAAACUUUAAAAAAAUCAGAGCUCAGUUACAAAAUAUAUCAUAACUCAGCUAUACAGACACUUACUGUUUUGAAAUUUGGUAUGUUUGUUCCCUAUGUGCACAUAAGGAAAUAUAUAAAAGAUGCAUACACAUAAAUUAAGGUCACAAAAUUAAAACUUACUAUCCCAAAGUUUUAAACAAAUUAAUUUUUGUUUGUAUUAUUUUUUAUUUAAAAUAAUUUAUGUUUUAUCAUUCAAAUAAAUAUUAGAAGUUAUAUCCUAGUUUUCCCCCUGCAUACAAAAGGAAAUAUCUCAAUAUGGUUAUUUAUCUAGUCAUGAAUUAUUUGGCUGAAUACUACGUAAUCACUAAAAGAGUGUUUGAUACUGAGAGAAAUGACCUAUCUAAUGCUUGACAGCGACGCCUCCUCAAAAGUGCUUGGCACUCAAAGAGUUAACUCUAAGGGUUUGUGUUUAGUUUAAUGCAUUACUUUGUAUAUUAUUUAAACAUUAAAGAGUUGUAGUUUUGAAAACAUGAAAACAAAUUAUUGUUGAAUUAUAACUUUCUGUGUCUUUCUUAAGUUUCAAUCAUUGUUUUAAGACUAUUACAUUGUAAAUACUAUUAAUAGUAAAAAUAAACUUAUUAAGUUCA